AUGGAAACUGCCAGUACUAGAAAAUUGUACCUUAUCAAAACAAUUCAAACAUUAUUGAAUACAAUUGCUGAAGCAGAAGUUAAUUUACCAUUACUUGUGCUCGCUUCUACAGGAGUUGCAGUAUUUAAUAUUAAUGGAUUAACAAUUAAUUUGGCACUUUCAAUUCCCAUAUAUACUAAAAAUUUUGACAUAGAUUUUGGACAACUCCUUCCUGUUCUAGAUCUUUUUAUAUAUGCAAUCAAUACAUUACAAGACCUAGUAUCUAAUGAUGGUCUUGUAGCAUAUACUCAAUUUAAAGAAGUAUACAAACUUAAUGUUAUUAAACGUCAAUCAAAAGAAUCCGAAAGACAAAGGAUAUUCAGAGAUAUUCUUUUACAGUUACAUAAUGAUAAGUCGACCUUAUCAGAUUGGGAAACACUAACCUCACGAUUUGAAGAUAAAAUAACUAGCGUGGAAAGGCAACAAUUUUUAGAGGCUAUUUUUAUAUCACCAAAGUGGUCUGAUGUUGAUAGGAUUAAUUUAAAUAAACUUAUGUCUCUGAACUAUCCUGUUGCUAAAAUACUUGCUGUACAUACUGGUGGUCCUGAAGCAAAGAGAGUAGACUCAGAUGUGGUGAUGGGUUUAGAAGCACAGCUAUUAUUAGCAAAAGUUCAAGAUAUUCUGUACAAUGAACAUAGACUGCUUUAUUUUCUUGUGGCUGUUCUGAUUUCCUUUAAAAGAUAUAAUGGGUCCACUAUUACUAUAAUAGAAGAUACAGAAGUAGUUCCAAUUGCACCUAUUCGAUAUACACGGGAGGCUAUUACAGUAUAUAAGAGUCAAGGUCUCACACUUUCAAAAGCUGUAAUAGACCUUGGGAAUAAAGAAUUUGCAGCGGACUUUUCUUUGUAG